AAAAAGCGUUGCAGUUGAUAAAAGGGAUAAUUCGUCGGUUCUUUAUUAUAAGUACGAGAAAGAUUGUAGGCGAUAUUUCAGUCUAUAUCAUCAUCUUCUGUGCAAUUUCCACGUGGGAUAUAAAGCUGUAAUUUUAGAUAUGCGGCCUCAUAAGAAAAUGAAUCAACAAAUUUCAACUGCGGCUUCGAAGAAAGGUGCUAUUACUCGAAGUAAAAAUGCAGCAAAUACAAGUAAAAGUGAAGGGAAAGAAAGCGAAUUACCGAAGAGAAAAGCCGAAGGUUCUCCGCCCAACGAUAAAACUCUUAAACGAUCCGCAUUUGGAGAUAUUACAAAUGCACGUGAAAGUAACAUCACAUCACAAGAUGUAAAGAAAUUAUCAAAGAAGAUUAUUGUAAAAAAAGCUGAUCCUAAAGGCAAUGAGAAAGCUAAUAUGAAAGUAACAGUAACUGUGCCAAAUAAAAGCACAGCUAUUCAACCUGUACUCAAAACUCAUACCACUCUAAAGAAAUUUCCUGUUUCAACAAAACCCAAAGUAGUAAGACAGAAGAAUGAAGAAGUCAGUACAAAGUCAGGCACAUCCCAAGUGCUUGAAAAAGAAAUUAAAGAGGAUAUUAGUGUAAUUUCUGAACAACAGGAGAUCAAUUUAUCCAGCAAAGAUAACAGUGGGAACAGUUCAUUGUAUGUAUCAGCCCUAGAUGACACUCAGAAUGAUGGUUCAAACAGUCAUGAUGAACCACAAAUGCUUGAAUUUCCAAUACUAGAACAAGCACCAUCUCCAAAAGCUUCCAUAUGCAAGAGCAGUACCACUGCUAGAUUGCCAGAAGGUGUUGAGGACUUUGAUAAAGAAACUUUAAAUGACCCUUUUCAAGUUUCUCUGUAUGCUAUGGAUAUCUUCAACUAUCUCAAGGAGAGAGAAGUACUGUUUAUAGUUAAAAAUUAUAUGGUAAGACAACCAUCAAUUUCACAGUGGAUGCGAUCACUUCUUGUUGACUGGAUGGUGGAGGUCCAGGAAAGUUUUGAACUUAAUCAUGAAACACUGUACUUAGCAGUAAAAUUAGUUGACCUUUACUUGGACAAAAUUGUAGUUGGCAAAGAAACACUUCAGUUGAUUGGUGCAGCAGCUAUGUUUAUUGCUAGCAAGUUUGAUGAACGUAUUCCUCCUCUUGUAGAAGACUUCCUCUAUAUCUGUGAUGGUGCAUAUACUCACAGUGAACUAAUAAAAAUGGAAACCAAUCUGCUAAAAGUAGUCGAUUUUAAUCUUGGGAUUCCCCUGUCAUACAGGUUUCUGCGCCGAUAUGCAAGGUGUGCUAAACUUUCUUUGUCAACACUUACACUGGCACGAUAUAUUCUGGAGUCAUCACUUCUGGAAUAUAGCUUUGUGUCAGAGUCAAGUUCCAAGAUGGCGGCAGCAGCAUUAUUAUUAGCACUGAAAACAAAACUUCUAGGUGGCUGGACACCAACACUACAAUAUUAUUCAGGUUACAAGUUGGAAGAUAUUGGGCACCUUGCACACCAGCUUAAUGCAAUGCUUCAUAAGAAGCCAAAAACAGCCCUGACAACUGUUAGAAACAAAUAUUCCCAUAAGAUAUUCUUUGAAGUUGCCAAGAUUCCUCUUCUGGAGAACUUGGACUUAUAAAAUGCAUGUUAUUUCCUGAAAAACAUGACCAAGCUCUGAGUGUGAAGAGUGAAUGUUGAAUGCAUUAAAGAUGUGGCCUUUUGUGAGCCAGUCCUACAUUAGUGCAAUCUGGGAAAUGUAACAUGAUGUUCCAGUCAUGUUCACCUUUGAGGCUAAAAUGAGCUACAAAACUUGAAUGCUAAUAAUAUACUUUUUAGAUACAUUUACAUUUUAUAUGGUCUAUUUGUAUAAAAUUGUACAGGAAUGCAACUGCAUUCAUUUGUCUCAAGACAAGAAAGUUUGAGAGGUAUUUUUACAACAUUUUUACAUUAAAAUAAAGUCAGCUAUUUUUACAUAUAUAUUACUUUUUAAUUCUGACGUUUUUACGAUUAUUUGAAGAUCUGACUUUUUGGAAUAGUAAAUGCUUACUUUAUGCAAUGGGCCACAUUUUUAGAAUGUUUCUGGAUGAUAAUAGUGUUAGGGUUUUUAUUUAUUUUAUGCGCAUAACAUUAUUUCUUUUUAUACAAUUUCAUAGCUGACAAUUUAUUACCAAGUUUCUAUAGUCUAAUGUGGAAUGACAAUGCCAAGGUAAUAUUUCAUAUAGAUUUAAAACAGAAAAGCAAAGCUGAAUAUUUUAAUUGGUCUCUACUGCUUUGUAAUACAUGCAGUAGUUCUGUCAUUAAUAGAAAAAUAAGCGUGUAAGUGAAGUGUGCUUAAACAAUAACUUGCACAGUGAAAUGAAAUUUGAUUAAAAAUGUGGGAAUUCUUACCUUGCCUAUCGUAACCCAAAAUGAACUGUACCAUAUUGAUAGAUAGAAUUCCUUUUGGAUAUUGGCCAUGAAUUAGAUUAUUUAAAAUCAAGGUAUUUUCAAGUUUUGUAUGCUGGCUGUUUACAAACUGUUAUCACAGAUUUUAUUGUGCCAUUAAACUGGAAGAAGGGAAUAUGACUGAAACAGCUACCUUAAAUUAAUGGAUUUCAGAGGUUUUCUCCUGAAAUAUUCAGCAUUACAAUGCAAAGCUCUUAUAGGCUGUUCCAAUAUGGUACUAUGUGCAGAACUGAGAAUGUGAAUUGAUAACAGCAUGUUAUAAUUGAAAGAUGUUAGGUAUUUGUAAUUUGAGAAAUUUAUGUACAUAGUAAGUUCUUCUAGCUCUUUACAGUAUUCUGUAUAUAAUUAAGCAUGAAUGAUGGUAAUGAUACACUGUGGUAAUUGGAGGUAAAAUAAUGGAAUUAAGGAAUAGAGCUGUGUGUAACAUACCACAAAAUGUCAAGACAUGGGGCUUCUAGGUUUGCUGUGGAAGACUGAUCUUAAGUCUAAACUAAAUUAAAAGUAAUGUCCAUUCAAUAAAUAAAUAAAUAACAAAUGGUCUGUCUAGUUAUCACAAUAUAUUUAGCUUGAGAUACUGUUAUUGUUGAAAUUUUUAAUUUUUGAAAAAUAAGUUUUUGUGGUGGAAGUUUUUAAGUGCAUACUAAAGUAGGCAAACUAUAAUAUUAGCCAACUGAAUUUUGUUCUUCUUAGUAGGCCUUUUUUUUUACAAUUUUGCAAUAUAACAUUUUUUUAUGUUCACAUUCUACUUUCAUGGCUAUUAAAAUCUUACAUGAAACUGAAGUGAUGUACGCAUGUAUUUUUGUAAUGUCAAUUUUAUGAACACGGUAAGUUCAGUAAAGAGUUUAAUGGGAACAUCACAAGAAAAACUGAGGAGUGAAAACAUGAUAAACAGAAUUGGUGUUAUACGUAACAGGUAUGUUAAUGUAUGUGUUUAAAGGCAUUUGACUGAGACUACAUCAAUAGUCAAAAUGUAAUGACAGUAAAAUGUAGACAUUUUAUGUUCACAGCAUGCCAUAUAACCGCUAUUAAAAACUGUAAUUUGAGAGCUGGACAUAAAUUAAAAUGUAAAUUUUUAGUGUUUAUUUCUGCUACAAGUGUGACACAAGAUAGAGAAUACAUAUGGAAGUACAAGUAACAAA